AUGGGUUCCCUGGCCCUGCAGCUGUGUGCUCUCUCCUGCCUGGUGGCUCACUCGGUUUCUGGCAGCCCCAUCAUGAGCCUGGAGCAGUCGCCUCUGGAAGAAGAUAUGCCCCUCUUUGAUGAUGUCUUCUCAGAGCAAGAUGGUGUCGACUUUAACACACUGCUACAGAGCAUGAAGAAAGAGUUUCUCAAGACAUUGAACCUGUCGGACAUCCCGAUGCAGGAUGCAGCCAAGGUUGACCCACCAGAGUACAUGUUGGAACUCUACAACAAAUUUGCAACAGAUAGGACCUCCAUGCCAUCUGCGAACAUCAUUAGGAGUUUCAAGAAUGAAGAUCUGUUUUCCCAACCAGCCAGUUUUAAUGGGCUCCGAAAAUACCCUCUCCUCUUCAAUGUGUCCAUCCCUCACCAUGAAGAGGUCAUCAUGGCUGAACUCAGGCUGUACACCCUGGUGCAAAGAGAUCGCAUGAUAUAUGAAGGAGUGGACCGGAAAAUUACCAUUUUCGAAGUACUAGAGAGCAAAGGGGACCGUGAGGGUGAAAGAAGCAUGCUGGUCUUGGUGUCAGGGGAGAUCUAUGGAACCAACAGUGAGUGGGAGACUUUUGAUGUCACCGAUGCCAUCAGGCAUUGGCAAAAGUCGGGCUCAUCCACCCACCAGCUGGAGGUUCACAUUGAGAGCAAACAUGAAAUGGAGGAUGCUGGCAGGGGGCAGCUGGAAAUAGACACUAGUGCCCGGAAUAAGCAUGUCCCUUUGCUUGUCGUGUUUUCUGAUGACCAAAGCACUGAGAAGGAAUGGAAGGAGGAACUGAAUGAAAUGAUUGCCCACGAGCAACUUCCGGAAAUGGACAACCUGGGACUGGAGGGCUAUUCCAGCGGACCUGGGGAAGAGGCUUUGCUGCAGAUGAGGUCAAACAUCAUCUAUGACUCCACUGCCCGCAUCAGAAGGAAUGCAAAAGGAAACUACUGCAAGAGGACCCCGCUCUACAUCGACUUCAAGGAGAUUGGCUGGGACUCUUGGAUCAUCGCCCCGCCUGGAUACGAAGCCUACGAAUGCCGUGGUGUUUGCAAUUACCCGCUGGCAGAGCAUCUCACCCCCACAAAGCAUGCGAUUAUCCAGGCCUUGGUCCACCUCAAGAAUUCCCAGAAGGCUUCCAAAGCCUGCUGUGUGCCCACCAAGCUGGAGCCCAUCUCCAUUCUCUAUUUAGACAAAGGUGUCGUCACCUACAAGUUUAAAUAUGAGGGCAUGGCCGUCUCUGAGUGUGGCUGUAGAUAG